AUGGCAUCUUCGCCGUCAUCUCCAUCGUCCGCCAAUGACGUCCUCAUAUCGCACUCUUCGAACCACCCCGAUCCUCACAUGUCGUCCUCUUCCAGUGACAAUCAAGACCACACAUCAGUCUCUCCAUCUCAAGACCACUGCCACAUAUCUCCGUCAGCAGAUACAGAUCAAAGCGAGAUGACAUCUCCGACUGAAGGAGCAUCUGCCAUCGCCAGUGCAUCAGUCCUGGAAACGAUCAAGGCACCUCAGUCAAGACUCGGUUUCUUGUCGCUGCCGCCUGAGAUCCGCAACAUGAUCUAUGGCUUUCUCUUCAAGCCUGUUCAAGAUGGGAGUUGCUGGGCAGUCCGCGCAAAUUUCAGGGAUACAUCACUGCGUGGAGUCCGCCUACCAUGUUACCUAUGCUCCAAUGGCUCUAUACACACAUUUUGCAAGUCUGUACAUGCUCAGCAGAUAACUACUGUGACUGCUUACACUGCCUUCACCCUUCCGAACAAACACAUACACUCUAACAUACAUCAAACAUGCCGCACUAUCAGGGAAGAAUCCCUAUCAAUAUCUUUGGCGCACAUGAGGAUAAGCAUGAAAUGUCGCUUCAAUGGUGAUGACCCCUUUUACAGAGGCUUCCUGGCAUUCUUGACGAACAUGGGUCAACCUAAAGGCGCUCACCUAGCGGCCCUCAACGUGAGGUCCUUUGAUCCACAAAACUCGAAGCUUGAGCUUGACAAACCAAGCUGCCUGUCAAGGAUCAUAAACGAACAUGAGAUCACGAUUGGGCACCUCGAACUCGAUGAGUGCUGGCUUCGUGGCCUUCAGCCAGUGUCGCUACUCGAAUUCUUCGUAGAUUUCGUACAGUCUCUCAAUCGUGUACCGAUCACGGUGAGAUGGGUACCACAACGAUCUUCUUCAAGAUUGGCGUACAAAGAUGAGAUGGACGCUUUCAACGAAGCAGUCGGCAUCUGGCUUGAGGCCACAUCCAUUUCCAAGGCCAAGGGAUCUGGCCUCAAGAUGCCUCUUCUCCGCGACUUUCUCCCUAAGUACUUCGACCAACCGCAAACCUGA